AUGACUGAUUUUAAUGAGGAUCUUGUAGAAUCUCUGGUGCGAGCUCUGAGGCGGAUUAGUGAUGGCAGUGGCAGUAUCAAUAAACUGGUUUUUAAAUGCUUAGAAGCUCUCAAAUUGCUGCCUCUUGGAGAGCUGGAAGGUCGAGUGAAUAAGGAGGAUUUGACUGGUAUCGAUAUCUUUACACCGAUUAUACAAUGCGUGGAGCUGGAGAACCGAUGGGAUGUUGUUGCCAUUUAUUUGGCAUACUUCUCAAUCCACAGAGGGUUUCACCCUCUGGUGACUAAUUCUAUCACAUCUUGGCACCAUUUGCUUCCUACAGAAGAAACCCUUGCGCUCGAGGACGCAUAUAGACCAGGCUUUCUAACAGUAUUAUCGUGGGUAGAUACGAUGAGCUCAGUGGGACCAGAAAUACUCAAAUACGCAAACUUACAGCUGCGUCCCGUACUGGUAAUCUCGUGGAUUCCACAAUGGCUAUCCUUCUUAGAGAGAGGGUCGAUGAAUCUGACAGAAGUCUCUUUAUUUGACGAAUCGAUAUUGGAUUUCUACAUUGUCACAGAUUGUGUCGCAUUUGUUGAACAACACGUACUUAAUCAUGUGGAAGGCCCUUUAUCAUAUCAUGUCUACAACAUUUGCAAACGAAUGACACGGUUUCAGGGAUUGAUCCCACAGAGUUCUUUCGUUGAAGCACUUCAACUCAUUUCACCAAUAGCGGCAGAAAAAGAAGAUUUGUCCUUUGAUCUCCAAGUUCUCAUGGAAGUUGUUGACCAUCCCGAGGUUAACUUAUCAGAGGCUACGCACCUGUGCUUACUUGUGUCGCUGGCGAUGAAGAGGAUCCGCAAAACUCCCUGGCAUACACUGCACACUACACUGGGAUCACUAGGUAGCGUUCAAAGUCUUCCUGCAUUGAUCAACAUGGCCCAGUAUUUAUUAGGGAAAUUUUUGAUCAACUCAAAUAAUAUACUUUGGCUGAUCGAUAAGAAUUCGCAACUCAAUUCAAAAUCUGAUGAUGCUAAAUGGUACCACUCAAAACAAUCCGAUUUUCAGCUUCCUCAUUGGUUUGAAACAUCUAUUAUUCCGCCAAUGCCUCCAAUUGCUAAAUCAAGCUUCGCCUUCAAUGACAGCAAAUUUGAUUCAAAGAAUGACACAAUUAGCAUUGUGAUGAUCACCCAAUUGCUGCUUGAAUCGCUAAACGGAAUUAUUAUUACCAGCACCGAUUUAUUAAAGCAAUACCGCUUGUUUGGAAUAGAUCCACUGCGUAUUGAUACCAAAGUCAUGGCAGCUGAUUCCAGCGUCAGCCAUAAGAUAAUGCAAAAUUAUUUGGAAUUGUAUUACAUUCCAAUAAUAACGGCUUUAUUACUAUCAGAGCAGCUCGCUGCCACGCAGAACAAAAUUUUGGGAGACACUCAAGCAAGAAUUUGGAGUCGUCUAUUACAAUGCAACUCCAGGAAACUUUACACAGAAGUCAUACAGACACACGGGAACGUCGGGUUGUUUUAUUUGAUUCGAUUCGUAACCAGAGUUUCUUUCGAUGACCUGACAUUGCAAAGAAUAUGUAUCCAAAUGAUGAGCCACAUAUUCUUCCAUGAUACCGAGAAUUCGACAAAAGUACUUCUAACUGAAAACGUACUCACUAAACAGGCCCUUUAUGAAUAUAUCAAAAUGUGGAACGAUGGUACGGACGUGUACCAACGUUUCUUCAUCGAUGUUUUUGACUGCGAGCAACCGAUGACUCAAAAUAGUUCCAUGACCAUUGAUGAUAUGAUCCAGUUGUUGCCGGAAAGGGAUGAGAUUAUCCAACAGAAAGAGAUUGAGAGGAAGAGGCGGAGAACAUCUACCGAGAAGCACUCUCCCAGAAGAGAUCCAAUGAAAGCUACUCCAGCCCAACCAAAGAAAUAUAAUGCGUAUUCUGCAACACCUUUUAUUCCAGCAACCAAACCUGCUCGUACACUGGCGUCUAAUGUCAACGUACAGACAAAUUACGAGCAACCUGUCGGCGCCCACACCUGGAACUCGAGCGACACAAACCUCCCAGUGGUUAGCGACGAUAUGUCUUUCACGGAUCAAUUAAGUUCUAAUUUUGACUUGUCACCUUUCAAUCCACACUCGCUUAAUGGAAUUCCGAAGACUCCCAACAUGACCACGUCUACUCUGUUUAGCAGUCCCUGGGAUACCUCACCAGAUCUUCAAUCGACUCCGAACCUCUCUAAGAUCGUCAGCACUGGUAAAAAUUAUAUCCUUGGUGGGCACAGCCGAAUCAAGAACAACAGUAGAGCCCAGUCAAUUCACAUUGAUAGCUUUGAACACCCAGAUCAUAGCUCAUUGGGUAACUAA